UGUCAAUCCUAAAUUGUGUAAAUCUGGCAACUCCCUCCCUACCCUCUUUUCUUUCUCAUCGAGUGUUCUCUCUGUGUGUGUAACUCAGUCUGCUACUUGAAUACGUUCGAAUCACGAACUUACUUGUGCUACAAACUAAAAUACAAAGAAAAGUAAUCACAGUGAACAAAACGCGAGUCUCAUAUUAGCUAAUAUUCAACAGGUUAUGGGCCCAGGUUCGCAAUUGCUACCUACUUACUGUAAUAACUGCAAAAUAGGCUAAAAGUACUCACGUCGUUUCUAGAACAGAGCCAAGAUGGCCACUGGAACUUUCUCUGCAAAAGAUGUGUCGCACAUUACGAAAUUCAAGGGAGACCAAUUUAGCUUCUAUAAGUUUCAACUUAAACUUGUACUGAAGAAUCAUGCCCUACUUAAGAUUGUUGAAGGUGAUGAACAAAAACCCGCGGCCAUUGUUCUCCUUGCUGAUAAUUCAAACAACGCUGCAGUCAUCGCCAGAAAUACUCAGAUUGAUGAAUGGGACAAGAAAGACACUGCUGCACAAAACUACAUUGUUGCUACUCUGGAAGAGAAGGUAAUGAGAACCAUUAUGAAUUAUAAGACUUCAAAUUCGAUGUGGAUUCGUCUGUUAAAUCAAUAUGAGCUGGCUUCUGUUGAAAACAAACAUCUACUAAUGAGCAAGUUUAUGGCAUAUCAAUAUGACCCUACCCACGACAUAAUGUCUCAUGUUUCAGCAGUUGAAUCUCUUGCAUCACAACUAAGUGAUGUGAAUUCACCAAUCUCAAACGAUCAAAUCAUGGCCAAGAUCACAUCUACUCUUCCACUAAAUGGCAAUCGCAACUAUAGGUCCUUCAUGUCUGCAUGGAACAGUACUGAUGAUGCCAUCAAAACACUUUCUAUACUAACGUCCAGACUUCAAGUUGAAGAAAAUAUGCUUAAGCUAACUGAUAUGAGUGUCGACUCUUCAGAUGGAGCAUUCUUUGCUGGCAAAAAGAAGAAUAAAGUCGUUUUUUCCGAGUCAAAAUCAAGAGAUUUUUCUUCACAUGAUCGUCCUAAACCUGUCUGUGGUCACUGCCGAAAUCUUAACCGUAGAGCAUCUCAUCGUGAAGAAGAUUGUUGGAUAAAAGAGGCCUAUCUCAAAGGAAGACAAGAUGCUGGAAGUGAAGAAGCAAUGCUGGCUCAACUUAGAAAAGAGAAAACAACCGCACCUGGUUAUGAUGAUUAUGCCUUCAAGUCAGCAGAUCUUCAACUCAACAACGAAUGCUGGUAUGCAGAUUCGGGUGCCAGUGAGCAUAUGAGUGAUCAGAAAUCCAUCUUUCAGUCAAUCACCCCCAUCAAUCGUGGUGACCGAGCAAUUAAAAGCGUGGGAAAGAACAACGAAGCAUUAUACGCAACUGGAGUUGGAAAUGUCAUCAUCAAGACCAAAGUAAAUGGCGAAUGGCAUGAUGGUUUGUUACGUAACGUCUUGUUUGUCCCAGAUCUAGGAGCCAACCUGUUCUCGAUUGGAGCCACAACGGAGCGUGGAGCCACAGCUACGUUCGACAAAAACGGCAUGGAGCUAAGAAAAAACGGAAAAAUAGUCGCCACUGGCUCAAGGAUGCAGAAGCUCUAUUUGAUGCAUUUCGCCAACUGUUCAUCAUCUGGAAAAAUUGAAAUCUCAAGAGAUGUCAUCUUCAAUGAAAGUAUUCAAGCACCUUCACUACUUCCCGUAGCUGUCCCUCGCACUGACCUAGAAACUGUCUCUGUAAUUGGAGUGGGUGGGGAUGCCUACGAGGCAUCCAACGGACGUGCCACCGUGUCCAACGAUCAGUGUGGUCAACCUGCAAGUGACACUGACAUCAUUGCGGAACCCUUCCAUGGAUUUGAACAGCCAGAAAAGCCGCUUCUUGGAGAUCACCAUCUCGAACCCAGUGUGGACUCACCUCAAAGACCGUCUCGCAUUCGGAAGAAGCCAAAUCGGGUUUUUUGAAGAUCCAAACUUUCUGAGCCACACUGUUAUGAACGUUGCCCCUGACGACAUUUUUGAACCACAGACGCACCAGGAGGCGAUCUCAUGCCCAGAAUCUGCCAAAUGGAUUUCAGCGAUGGAGGAGGUGAUGGAAUCGCUACGAUUAAACGAGACUUGGCAGCUUCAACCACUACCUGAAGGUCGCCGCCAAAUAAGGAACAAUUUGGCUGAUCUGUGUGUUUAUCGUCGAAGUGAGGAGGAUCGCAUUGUCAUCUUAGCAAUCUGGGUGAAUGACGGACUACUCUGCGGACCAGACAAAACCAAAUUAUUGGAACCAAAGAACAACUUGCGGAUCUCUUAACGAAGGCGCUUGCUGGUCCAGCUUUCCAGGACUUAAGAAGGAAGAUAUCAGUUCACCCAAUUUUGGUUUGAGUGGGGAUGUUGAAUUUAUGUUGUCAAUCCUAAAUUGUGUAAAUCUGGCAACUCCCUCCCUACCCUCUUUUCUUUCUCAUCGAGUGUUCUCUCUGUGUGUGUAACUCAGUCUGCUACUUGAAUACGUUCGAAUCACGAACUUACUUGUGCUACAAACUAAAAUACAAAGAAAAGUAAUCACAGUGAACAAAACGCGAGUCUCAUAUUGGCUAAUAUUCAACACCGUCCUCUAGCUUAAGUAGUCCAUGUCUAAUGUCAAAAUGAUGGUUACAUUUUGAAAGCUGUCAAGAAAAUUGUUGCUGAGAAACAAAAAGUGUGUGAUGUUUCCAAAGCAAUCUCCAUCCCAAAAAGAUCUCUACUGAGAUAUGUUAAAAAUUUCUUGGCUACUGGAAUGCAAGAUGAAGUUGAAGCAACUACAAUCAUUGGGGGUUACCAAAAACCUCGUAAGGUUUUCAGCAGCGAACAAGAAAGCAAUCCUAGCAGUUACGUCAAAAGGGUCAGUGACAUUUAUCAUGGAAUCACUACCACAGACAUGAGAAGAUUGGCUUAUCAGUACGCUACCCAAGAAAAAUGUAUUGUCC